AUGCCGCAGAGAGAUCAAGUGGUGCUGCGCGUGAGAGCAUAUGGACAAGAGGGACUAGAGUUUGCGCUAUCUGGGGUCAACAUCUCUGAGAAGAGAUACACAGCUGUCUACUGCUUGAUCAGUGCAUUCGUACUCGUCGUCGGGGGCUUGUUAUCGUCUAUUGAAUGGGAUGUAAUACCCUCUGCUCGACUGUUCGUUGGUCUGCUGCUACUGACAUUUUCAGCUGCAUGGAUCACCAAAGCUACAGGACGCGUCAUUGUCGAAGAGGCGAUGCUGGUGGUGCCAUCGCUUGGUGUGAGACUGAGCAAGAAGCAUCGCAGUGGUGAAUUGAGCAGCAAGUUUGUAGACCUGGACAAGAUUUGUGGCGUGGCGGUGAACGAAGCCAUCACUUUCUCAAGUGUAGUGUAUUCGCUCGUGCUCAUGGUCGAGGGGCAAGACGAUAUGGUGCUGCCAUUUGAGACGUUCCAGCCACAGGUGGCCGUGUUGCAGGAGAUUUUCCUGGAAACAAAAAGACUGCUGUUUCCCGUUGGCAGCGACCGCCAACCGCGUCUCCCGACGGACAUUGCACCUACACCGUGUUGA